GGGGAGCUUGACUUCGCCAGGAUGACAGCUGCCGUCAACUAGCUGACAUUAGCUAGCUGCCAUUAGGUCUCCUCGCUACAUGAAUACAUGAGUAGAGAACAUGUCUACUUCAUGCCUGCUUCAUGUUGCCAGCGCGUCUUCAUGGCUGCUCGUCCUUCAACGAGGCAAACACGUUGGUGACUUUUAACGGCGCCGUGUGCGUGCUAAAGCUAGCUAGGCAGCUAGCAUGCUGUGGUGGGUGCGAUUGAAGAUAAGAUAAGGUAAGAUAAGAGUUCCGUGACUGAGAGGAAAGAGUCAACAUUGAAGCCUCCGCCAAGAACAAACAGGUUCGCUUUUCUUUUCCAUUGCUGUUGGAACAUCGUACCUUUAUUAAGCUUGCCUCGCGGCAAAUAAACAGUUUUCAGCGAUGGGGGCGGUCCCAGGCGGCCACGAUGGACCUGUCUAAGGGCUUCUCUGUGGUGCCCAGAAGCCACGCCCCCAUUAGGGACCUGGCCAAGAAACCAGAGUGGUACCACAGACGCCCGGCGAGCCCCCACGUCCACGCCGCCUGCAGAAGCAGGGCCGCUCUGCGACCUGAUGACGGCGCCGGCGCCGAGCCGGGCAGCUACGCCAACGCUACGCUAGGUCCCGGCCUCUACCGCGAUGGCGUCCAUGGAGACCUGUGGUGUUCCGGCUUCUACGGGCCCGGCGACGGGGACAGCAGCGGCGAGGAGGACAGCGACAGCAGCUCGGACGUCAUCGUGCUGGUUUCCACGUCCAAGCAGCCGCUCUUGUGCUCCUCCUUCGUGGCCGACGGCGUGCGACGUACAUUGGAACCGCUGUCGCCCGCGCGAGGCUGCUGUCGUCGCACCGAGCUUCCGAGCUCGCCGAGCCCAGACAGCUCGUCCUCCUCGGAGUCGUCCGACAGCUCGGCCGACAUCCCGCCGCAUCACGCCAGGCCCGUCGUCCUCCUGUCGGACCUGUGCGCCGCCUACGCCGACUCCGCCUACUCUCGCGCGGACAUCUCCAGCAAUGACAGCGACGUGGUGGAGGUUCCCGUGACACCGGUGACCCCGCCAAGACAAAAGACGCGUCUUUGCCGUCAGAGGAGUUUGGGGAACGAUGAGCGGGUCCAAUCUUCGCCCACUCAGCUCAAGCGCAGGAAGCGCCCCGCCUUGCCCCGCCCCCCACGUCACCGCCUGACACGAAGUGUGAAAAAGGACGCGGUGGGAAUUUACUACGAGAGCUGCGACUCUGACAGCGUAAUGACGUACGCGUUGUGCUCGUCCGGCUCCGACGACGCUCGUCCUCCUCCUCCGUCGCAGGCAGAGGCGGAGCCUCGGCCUGAGCACCAGAGGCCGCUCGCCACCCGCAGACGCAAACAGGCGGAAGGAAGGAGGCGGGCCCACAAAGCCAGCAGGACGAAGACGGCCGUGACCAGAAGAGGACGGAGCCGACCAGCCGCACCUUCCCUCUUCCCGCCACCGGAGGCGCUCUUCAAAGUCCGACAGUCCAAAAGGAAGCGAACAACGACUUCGGACAUCUUCCACCCUUUUGUGCGCAUGCGCCGCCAUCUUUGCACGGUGGUCAACCAGCAGGAAGACGCGCUCACGCAGGACGCACGGCAGAAAAAGGCCUCCGUCUCGUCUUCCGGCUUCGUUCCCAAGACUUCCUGUUUCCAUCUGGCUCGCCACGCUGCCGCCGAUCCCGCCACGCCCCUCUGCUGCCUGUGCGGUCACGUGACCAACGCCCAAGGCCUCGGCGACCUCCACGGACCCUACUAUCUCGACCACGCCCCCUCACCCAGCUGCGACCAAGGCGAGCGUUGGAUCCACGCGGACUGCGGCGUCUGGAGCGCCGGCGUCUUCCUGGUGGGGGGGAAGCUGUACGGCUUGGAGGAGGCGGCCAGCGUCACACGCCGCACUGUGUGCUCGGCGUGCCAGCGAUCUGGCGCCAUCAUGGGAUGCUCCCAGAAAGGAUGCACGCGCAGCUACCACUACACCUGCGCACGACACUCAGGUUGCAUCCUAAACGAAGACAACCUGUCCAUGAGGUGUGGCCUGCAUCACAUGACCCGACAUCAACGUCACCAACAGGUCAGCAGGUUUUGCUUCUCAUGGCUGCUGUGACGACCUUUGACCUUCAAGUGUCAUCUCCGUCAGAGCUAGUCGUGGCGGUCCGUCAGUUGACGUCGACCACAACGGAGGAGCCCACUCAGCCUUUUCGAGGGACGUCAGAGGGUCACGUGACACAGGAGCGAUGACCACGGCCAUCCCAAAAACAUUCCACCGACCCCCCCCCCACCCAGGGGGGGCAGCCUUUGGACCACGCCUUCUGCCUUGUGAUGUCAUUGAGGGUGGCGUGAGCUCAGGACAAACUUCCUGUUCCAGGUGCCACCAGGGUCCCAACAUGGAGGCCAGCCGCUCGGACUCGGCGGACGCCGCCCCUUGUUAGUCACAUGCCGUGGCGGCGAUCGGCAGUCAUGCUAGUCACAGCUCAGCCGAACAUGAAGCAUCUUUGAAUUGUUGAUGUUUAAAAUAAAAGUUUCACCAUUUACAUGUGCAGGGCGUAGUGCUGCAAGCUGCCACAGGGGGGCGCCACAUGACAUGACAUCUCUUUGAACGGUAUUCGGUAGUAUGAGCCUUCCUUUGGUCAGCCGCUUUAGUUCACCUCAAACGUGACCAAGAUUUUAGUCUUAUUUUCAUGUAUGUUAGACACGUGUGCCCCUGCGCACACACACACACACACAAACACACACACACACUAGUGGUCAGAUGCCACAGUCUAUAAAUACAUAGAUAUAUUUUAUGUUUAUAUAUAAAACAGGCUUGUGGCGUGCGGACACACCCGGGCCCUCCGCCCACAUUCCUGGUGACCACAGCAGGGCGCUGCCACAUGGACACAACAAGUCAAAGACAAAGUAAGUUUUAUUUCCCUGUAGAAGAAGAACUGUAUGAAUAUUCCACGUGAGAAAAUAGUUUCUAAGUAGAAAACGGGAAAAGGAGUGUAAGCAUAUCAAAGACUGACAUGAGUUUGGAGGACUUUUCAUGCAGGACUACGUUUUGUUUUCUUUGGUGUGUGUGUGAGAAACAGGAAGUGUGAGGAAGCAGGCUUGACUUCCUGUUCAGCAUUUGGAGAGGGAGUUCUUGUUGGCGUCCAUGUUGGCCACUAAGAGUCUCAGCGAGUCUCCUGAGGAGCGAAUCAGCUCUCGGCCGCUGUGGAGGAAAGGUGAGGUGAGUGCAAGGAGAGCUUGGUGGGGGCACCAUGGGGGCACCAUGGGGGUGGCGUACUUACACGCUGUACUCCAAACCCACCAAGCUGACCCCAUUCACCGCCAGAAUCCGAUCUCCCGUCUUGAGUCGUCGACACAGCGCGGCAGGAGACUCGGGAACCAGAGACUUGACGUAGAUUCCGCUCAUCCUCAGCGCCGUCUUCUGCUCCAAGACACAAAAAGUUGAAACAGCGGAAGGCGUGUGAUUGGCCGGAAGGCGUGUGAUUGGCCGGAAGGCGUGUGAUUGGACGGAGCGGCGUGACGUCGUACCGUGCCGUCUACGAGCGCCAGGCCCAGGCCGUGGGGUCCUCUGUGGAUCUCCACGGUGAACACGUCUUCCCGCCCGUCAUCUUCUCCUGCAGGACAAAGGCAGCCUAAAUAUCCGUGGUACUCAGCAUCUGUUAGUCCUUGCAGUACUUCCUCCCCUCUGCAGGGGGCAACAUCGAGGGUCACGUCCCACAAAGAGGAAGCAUUCCAACAGUAGCGUCUAACGGAGAACAAUGCAACGGGGGUGCCCGUGUUUCCAGGAAUGUAACCCGCGGUCUGUAAUUCUUGGCUGGGAUGAGGUGCGGCCUGCAAAGCAUCAUGGGAGCACCACGCUCCACCGACGCGUCAUCCCUGAUCAUCCCUGAUGGAAGCCAAUGGAACUCCUCCUUCCACCCCGCCUGUGCGCCCGUGUGCGUGUGCACGUGUAGCUUACCAGCACCCUGCUGAGACUCCGCCUCCUGCUGUGCGCCCUGGGGGGUGUCGGGCCGUGUCAGGACGCAGGAGGGGUCCAGAUGGAGGUUCUUGUGGUGGUCCUUUGGGCUGUCAACUUGCAGACUCUUCAGGUUAUGGAUCAGGGCCUCCUGGCUGCUGCUCAGGUCACCGUGACAACCAGGGGUCUCAGUGGACGUGGCCUGAGAGGGGGUGUCCCGGUCCCGGCGGGUUCCGCUGUGUGAUGAGAGUGUCUGAGGAGGAGAUCCUCCAGUCAGGACCUCCUGGCCCUGACCUAUGACCUCUCUCAGACGGGCCAGCUGCUCCAGGAGGGCGGGGUCACGGCUGCCGCUGCCCGGGUCCAGAACAAAGGUUCUGCUGGGCAGGAUGAGCGGGGGGUGCUGCUCAAAGUUCUCCAGGAUGUCUGCUGCACACAAUGAGCUCAGCAUGACUCAGCACUUUAUGCCGAGGAACCUUGGUGCAACAAUGGAGGCCAAAUAGGCGUGGUCAUCGUGUUGGAAGCGGUCGGUCCGUACCGCCAUCACACUCACCCGUCCUGGCCGCCUCCUCGGCGUGGUCCGGUCCAGGAUCCCACCUGCCGGGGGGGUUCUUCCCAGUGCUGUACUGGCUCAGCAGAUGCUGAAGCUGGGCCGCGUUUAGCGAGGAAAACUCCGCCCUCAGAGACGACCACGACGCCUGCCAACACCAAACACACCUUCGGGAAGCGUCCUCCACACUUCACGUACUCACAAACAUCUCCUUCCUGCACGCCGUCAGCCCUCUGACUGCGGCGUGGACGCCAUCUUUGAGGCGUUUCUGGCCGCCUGACAUGAAAGCUCUACUAGUACUAUUAUGUUGAUAUUACUUAGAAUACUUUGAUAUUACUUAGGAAUAUUACUUAGGGAUAUUACUUAGGGAUAUUACUGAUAUGUACAGCAGAUCCUCAAAGGAAGUGGUCCUGCUAGGAAAAAGUCAUGUGGAUCAUAGAGACCCAGAAUAAGUCCAGGUGUGGACCACGUCAGCAAAGCAGGCGGGGGGGGGGCCUUGAUGACGUCUUGGUGUGUGAUGUUGUGUGCCGGCAGACAGGAAGUGGCGAGUAGAGAAGCAUCGACGACGCCGGCUGACCUGCAGGAGGGUUUCUUUGGGCGUGGCCAGCAGGUUGACGGCGGCGGAAAGCUUCUGGAGGAAGUCGGCGGCCACGUCGCCCAGGCUGGCGCCGUGGACCCAGUCCAUCAGCAGGUCCAGGUUGGCCCGCAUCUGGACACCACGAGACCACUGGUAGAAGCCGACCACGGAGCCUGCCGUCAGCACACCACCAUCAACAUCAUCAUCAUCAUCAUCAAGGACCAUGGAAGCAUCUGUGGCUUGGCGCUACCUCUCUCCAUGAGCGUGUUGAAGAGCGAGGCGUUGAUGAAGAAGAAGAGGUAGGCGCACAGCUGCAAGCGGAUGUCGGGGUGCACCUGGAAGCCGCUGAAGAGCCGCAGAGCUUCUUGCAGAAGAUCCAGGAUGCUGCUCAGCCCGUCCGGCACCCGCAGAUGGCCGCUCUCCGAGAAGGGGUUCCCGUCCAGCAGCGCCGGCAGGGCGGAGUACAUACUCUGUGGAAGGAUGACGCGCUCUACUACCUUCUCUGGAUUGGGGGGGGGGGCUGUUGCCAUGGAGACUAGAGGAGGCGCUGACUCAUUUCUAAAUCUGAUUUCUUAUCUUUUACAGUCAUGGCAGGAAAGGAAACACUCCUCCCUCCCUUUCCUCUCCUGCACACUUGCUCUUCCUCUCUGGAAACACUACUCUCUCUCUCUCUCUAUCUCUCCUCUCUCUCUCUCUCUCUCUCUCUCUCUCUCUCUCUCUCUCUCUCUCUCUGUGCACAGGACAGUGUUUGGACAUAAGUGUUGGGACGCAGCUCUUAACCAAUGACAGAUUAUCUAUAUAGUGUUGUACUGUUAUUAGUAUUAGUACUCCUAGUUAGUGUAUGAGAGGUUAUCUAUAUUAGUGUUAUUAGUAUUAGUACUCCUAGUUAGUGUAUGAGAGGUUAUCUACGUAUAUUAGUGUUAUUAGUAUUAGUACUCCUAGUUUAUGUAUGAGAGGUUAUCUACGUAUAUUAGUGUUAUUAGUAUUAGUAUUCCUAGUUAGUGUAUGAGAGGUUAUCUAUAUUUGUGUUAUUAGUAUUAGUACUCCUAGUUAGUGUAUGAGAGGUUAUCUAUAUUUGUGUUAUUAGUAUUAGUCCCUGUCAUCCUACCCCCUCCCCCUUCCACAGCAGAGGGGAAGAAGUGUGGUGGUGUGUUUGUGUUGUCAUGGAAAGGGCAGUACUAUCCAGAGGGACAUUAACAUGAGUGGUGUUUCCUUUGUUGUCUUUCACGCCCCCCUUCCUCAUUGGGGGUGUGUGUGUCACCUUGGUGAGAUAGUAGACCGACUGCUGGAAGGUGAACAUGAUGACCUCCUCCAGGACCGUCAUGGCCUCCUCACAGGCAGAGCGGGUGAAGGACACGUCCUCAUCCCUCAGACCUGCGUCCAUGAGCGUGAGUGACAGACGCAGUGCGGCAGGGUGUGGCUCGACGUGGACGGUUGCGGCUCACCUUGGUGGUCCCGCCUCCAGGCCAUGAGCUGAGGGACUCGGUGCUGGAUGAAGUGCAGCAGCUCGAUGGAGUUGGCCAUCCACAGAGCCAGCGGCCGCAGGCCUGACAUCAGACCUUCAGUCUUGAGGAGGAGCGUCCCUUCAGUCCCGCUGAGGAGGUGAAGGAUGUGACAUCAUGACAUGGAGCUUCUACUUUCCUUGGACCGUGCAGCUUGGUCUGCUCACCUUCCUGUCUGCAUGCUAGCUAGCUCCUUGGUCUUGUCCUGUCACACACCAACUUAUGUCAGUGCAGCCUCCCGCAUCUCCAUUCCUAGGUACCUGCUUGUCCUCAGGUCUCACCACGUUACGACAUGGCAGUCCUGGAGGACACCACGUGUACUCACCCAGACCACGUGCUGGAUGCGUGCUGCGAUGCGGAGCAGCAGCUGUCGGAAGUGACGGAGCUGGAAGGUGGAGGCGGAGUGCUGGAUGCAGAGGCCGAGCAGGAAGGCGGCGGUCAGCUUUGGUGCCGGUCCGCUGGGCUCCGACAUGUCCAUGAUCUCCUGCAGGACCCGUUCCUCCUGCUCAGGCUCGUAGCUCAGCAGGACCUGAGGCUCGCUGCAGCGAGGCGGGAAAGCGCGGGUGUUGGUGGCGGUAGGCGAGCUGCAUGAUUGACAGGUGGAUGAGGGCGGCGCGUCUGAGCCGGGACACAGUCUGCCCAUCCAAGGAGGGACCUGCAGGGCUCCUGCUGCACCGGUGGGAUCCUUGAACAUGAACAAGUAGUGCUCCCCCAAGCCCACCAGGUCUCCGGGGUGCAGCUCCGACUCCUCCUUCAGCACAAAACCGUUUCUGGUGACAAGGGCGCCGUGGAGGGGCUUCAGCACGGUCACUGUCUUUGUGGGCUCGGCGGCCGAGUCCACGCGUCUGACACAGCAGUGCUGAGGAAACACGUCAGGAGCGAAGAGCAGGAUGUCCACCUUUAACUUCUCCUCGUCGUCUCCGCUGCAGUGCUCCCGGCAGCAGCCCAGCACCGUGCUGCUGCCGCUCAUCAGGUAGAUGACAAAAUCCUGCAAGAACAACACCCGUCACAGCUGCCCGGCACAGCUGCCCGGCACAGCUGCCCGUCACAGCUGCCCGGCAACCUGACGUCAGGACCGCCAGAUGAUUCCUGAAGAGGAAAGCUGGCUGUCCUGAUGGAAGGUUGGGUCGUGACGUAACACUCUGGAAGCUGAGCGGCUCAGCUGGAGGGUGAGGCAGGAAUGGAAGGUCUUACUGGCCAGACAACUGGGAUGUCCUGACCUCAGGGUCGCUGCAGCGCCGGUGGAGGGAGCCCCUCCCCCACAGAGGGAGCUCACGUCCUCUAAGAAUAACUCACCCGCCUCUAAUCGGGUUUAUCUCCUCCUCGGAGCCAGCCACCAGCGUGUGUCCACGUUGGGCUGAGCUGGUCCAGGAGAAGACCGCUGAGGCCUGGACUCAAGCGGCCACCAGCCAGAGCCCCUUUGGGGGCCGCAGCAUCACGCACGCGCCCGCCAGGAGGGAAGCAGGCGUUUGUAACGCUGAUGCCAAGCGAAGGUGUAACUAAGCUUGGGCUGCCACGUGGAGGCGCUUUUGUAAACCUUUAGAAGGACGAGGACUUCCUGUCCCUCAGUCCUAAUCCUGAAGUCUCGUGAGGCUGCUGAGUGGAUUUUCUGUCUCAGCUUGUCAACACGACACCUGCAGGGUGUUUCUGGCAGCUUGUGUUGACCUUCACCCUUCCUCCGACCAAAUCAGACCUCCACCAAGGCAAGCGCCACCUCCUUGCCACAAAUCAUGAAAGUACCUGGCAGGCAUAGUGGUAUGCAGGAGAACACCAACCUGGACCAGGAGGGGUCGCUGAGGCCACAUUUAACGAGUAAUUAGUCUGCAACAACCUAAGAUGGAGAGGCUCUCCAAGGGCGGGGGUUGGAACGUCCAAUUCUGCUGAGUAAACAACCUGUCUCACCUGUCGAUGGCAGUAGCCGUGCAGAAGCAGGAAGUAGGGGAAGUCAAAAGGCGGAUGGAUGGAAUACUGAGUGCUGUUGUCAUCGCUGCUCUCCGUCUCCUCCUUCUCCAGGCUGAGCCUCGCGACCUCCUUGUCCGCCUCGGCCCUCUGCUCCUCUCCGAGCGCUGCGUUGGCCUCCUUGCCCAUGCCGCUCAGGUCCAUCUCGCUCAAGCUUCUCCAGAAGUCCAGCCCGUCCGCAUCCUCCACGCUCCCGUCCACAAACAGCGAGGUGGCUCUGGAGCGGUUCUUCUGCAGCUUCCGGGCCUGAGCGUUGAUGCCUGACACCACAGAGACACGGGACAAGAUGUCAGCUGGCAUUAGCUGGGACCUGCUGGGACCCUCGCUAAAGAACAAGCACCUCCUGCUGGAGAAGAUACCUUUCAGCUUUGGAUGUACACUAAACACAAAUGACAAAGGAGAUAACAUUCCUCAACACCAGUUCUGGGAAGCGAGCUAAUCCCUGUCAGCAGGAAGUGAAGUGAUGGGAAAAAGAGACAGCGGGUGGUCAGUGGGCGGAGCUUCCUAGGGGGUUUGCAUGGGUGUCUGUCGUCAACAAAGAUAAGAGAAGCUUUUUGUCUCCCAGGGCCACCGUCCAUGAGCUCCUCCGGCCAAGAUAAGGAGGACAAUGAAGGCUGCAAUCAAGGCUGACGAAGCAUCUU